AUGGCGCCUCUGGAAAGGCUAUCGGAUGCUCAUGCGAUUCUUUUAGCAACCCGUCUAUGUGCAAGCGGCGAAGUGACCGACUUGCCUGCUCUGCAUGCGCGAUACCCCCAUUGUUUUCCGCUCGAACGACUCCUACGCAUCAUCUUGACAUUCCUGCCCGAGAGCGCCGAACCCUCUAUAUACGUUCCAGUGCUCCAGGAGCUUCUUAGUGGCUCCUCUCUCGUGCCCUCGGACCGAGACAUUGAUACCUCUGCGGUUAGAGACCUAUCCGAGGCGGCAGCGAGGAAACGUGUGCGCAAGCUCCGUUUACAGCCACUGCGGCGCGACGGCGAGGAAGAAGAAGUGGAGGCAUCAGAUGCCCUGACUCAAUUCCUCAUUCACCGAGCACACCUUAUAGACGUCGAAACUUCUCUCCAACCUCUCAUUCUGGAGCUGGUCCUUCCCUUCUACCAACAAUUCCCGGUCAUUCGAACAUGGUUAAUCUCAAGCCUACUGCCUGCGCUCCGACUUAAUUACGAAUAUUACCCGAACCGGGACGAGACAAUAUCGCUGAAUACCCUGGAGUUGAUGGGUGAUCAGGCAGCUGUUAACGUUCUCUUGUCUAUUGGUGAUUCUGAAAGAAGCAACAUGGAUUUGGUCAACAACCUGAGAGGGCUAAUUGGCCCUUGGCUCUAUGGAAGCAACCGGUCCAAGCGAAGGAGACUCAACGAAACGGCGCGACAGAACUCGAUCUCUUACAUCCAAGGCACGCCAAAACCGGAUCCCACUGAAAUGGCCGGAUGGGAAUACGUGAACGAAUGGCUUUUGUCACGGAGUCUUGUGGACCAUCAGAGUGUUGUGAAUGCUUUUAACAACUGGAAUGGCCCCGAAGACACGGAUCUGGGAGGAUACGAAGAGACAGACAAGAAGGCAUCGUCCGACCAGGCAAAGGAAUUGCUAUCACGCUACUGCCAGUCGGGCCUAGCUGUGGUUUAUGCUCAUGCGGACUCAUCAAAAGCGGCAAUCGAGAGGUCAUGCCAAGUGCUGGAUCGAGUUGCCAUGUUACUUACCCUUGAUGAUUGUUCAUACCUUGAUUCGCCCGAGUCACCGCUUCCAUCGGUGGACUAUGAUGCCAACUUGAUCUCCUCAACAACCCGGGUCUCCCUACUUCAGAACUCUCUUCUCGCUCGAGAUAAUCCCCUGACACAGCCCUCGCCAUCUUCGGUUUCUUUUUUGAGCGCUGUUCUUCUUUCUCUUCGCAUAUUGACCAAUCUUGGCCAUCUUGUUCCAUGCCGACUCGUGGCAAACAUGUGCUUGCAUAGCACGGAAGAGAUGCAAAUGGUGGAACUGAAUAACUUGGUGGCCUCUAUUGUUAAGCAACCUCGGUCUAAAGAGCAGUGGCAGGAAGUACGGGAACAACUGCUUUGGCUUCGCGAUUGGCAAGCGGAGCAUUCCGACAAUGGCUGGGAUGAAAUAUCGACCCACCAUGGACUUUUCUGGAGAAUCUCGAAAGACGCAAUUGAGACAGAGAUCUUGAAAGCUCUACUCGUCGCUCGAGAAUACCAACUUGCUGUGGAUAUAUACAGUCAGUCAGAGCCGUCUCCCUUAAGUAGGAAGCAGGUAGAAGAUGCGGUUGUCGAGGCUAUCUUUGCGGCCUACGACAAUGCUAGCAAUGGCAAUCGGACUCGCGGUGGGAUGAAGAGAGCUUGUGAUAUCCUGCAAGCUUUCCAACCGCACUUCCCGGACUCUGUCUCCCUCAAACAGACCAACUCACUCAUAGCCGCCACACAUGCACUGUCAUUCUACGCAUUAACCCUCCAACACGGCGUCCCGUUCCAACCAGUUAGCAUCCGCGUGCACCACGACCCCCUGUCUCUUGUCGAGAAAGUCUUAGACCAGAACGCCAAAAGCUACACCAAAUUAGAUGACCUCCUCUCAAUCGGCCGCAACCUAGUUCUCGCCGGCCUAUCCACAAAGCCAGCCCCCAACGAACCCUCCCCCCAAACACCAGAGUCCCUCACCGAACAAGACGCCCUCGUCACAGCGGAGCGCCGCAUCACAUCCCUCGCCAUAUCAUCCGCUCUAAACUCCAACGACUUCGGCACAGCCUACUCCUACAUUCUCACCCGUCUCACACCACCCUCUCUCCUAUCAACCUCAUCCCCACUCCUCAACACCCCAAGCGUCCCAGAUGACAUCUCCUGGCGCGCAGUCUACAAUGCAGGCCGCUAUCGCUCAACAACACCAAACCCCUCCACCUCUCUCCAAUCCCAAAUCAGCCACCUCUCCCAGCGAAUGGAACUCCUCUCCCUAGCCCUGGUCCUAGUCCCAUCCCCCGACCCUCUUCCCGAAAUCCUAGGCGCCUGGCGCCGAUGCGACGAAGAAAUGACUUCCCUGCGCGCUCGCGAACUAUCAGAAGAAGACGCCUGGGAUACAAAGGGUGAUACCCUCUCCAGUGUACCAGGCGGGUUCGGCCCGUCUGAUUCGGAGCGCGACGCCUUUGACACGGAGCAGCAGCGCGUAGCUAGGCGGGCUCGCGCCCGUGCCGCAAAUUCGCAUUCGCAUGAGGCGCCAAUGGGGUUGUUUGAGGUUGCGCGGGGGCGCGGCUAUGGCGCUGCAUAA